UUUUUUUUUUUCGUUUCUUUCUUGCAGUUAAUAAUUUUCUUUCUUUAUUUCUUAAUAAAACAUAUAAUAAUGACUACACAACAAGGAAAAACAUAUCAAUUUAAACUUGUACUUUUAGGUGAAUCAGCUGUAGGUAAAUCAAGCUUGGUAAUGCGUUUUGUUAAAGAUCACUUUGAUGAAUACAGAGAAAGUACCAUUGGUGCUGCCUUUUUAGCACAAACAAUUUCAUUAGAUGAUAAUACUACAGUGAAGUUCGAAAUUUGGGAUACGGCUGGUCAAGAGAGAUAUAAAAGCUUAGCACCAAUGUAUUAUCGUAAUGCAAAUUGUGCUGUAGUUGUUUAUGAUAUUACACAAGCUUCUUCUUUAGAUAAAGCUAAGGCUUGGGUAAAUGAAUUACAACGUCAAGCAGAUCCCAAUAUUGUUAUUGCAUUAGCUGGUAAUAAAUGUGAUCUUGAAGCAAGAAGAGCUAUUGAAACAAAGACUGCUCAAGAAUAUGCAGAUGAAGCUGGCUUAUUAUUUUUUGAAACAUCUGCAAAAACAGCCGAAAAUGUAAAUGAAUUAUUUCAUGCGAUAGCAAAGCGUAUGCCUCUUGAUCAACUUGCAGACAGUUCACGUGGUAGAAAUAGAGCAGGAUUAAACUCUCGUGGUGGUGUAGAUUUGGAAAAUUCAGGAAACCCUAAUGCUGCUAAUGGUUGUGCUUGUUAAAAUGUUAUACAUAAAAAAUAAUAAUAAUGUACUGCUAUCUUUUCUUCUUCUUUUUAAUUGUCCUUUUUUUUUCCUUUAAUAAUUGUGCUGAUUGUUACCUAUUUAAUUCAUUCCAUGGAGAGAUCUUUUAUUACGUCUACACUCACUACGAUACACAGAGUAAUUCUCUUGUGUAUCUUAUCCCUUCUUCCCUCCUUCUUUGUUUGUGAUCCACAACAAUGAUUAUAUAAACAUUUAUAUUCUAUUUCUAACUUUUGAAUGUUUACAACUUAUUUGUUUGUGUAUUACGGUAAAACAAAGUUUCUUUAGGUCAUCAUAUGCAGUUUAUUAGUUUCUUCCUAUCAUUGCUCCCCCUUUUUUUUUUUUGGUUAAGGAC